UGUUCUCCGUUUAUCUGGCCACCCAUCCGGAGCCUAAAGAAACAACCAUGGCGGUCGCGUGUCGGGGUGUACGAGCUUUAGGGAAACUUUUCUGCGUGCAUUCCGGUGUGAACCUAAGUCCCUCUUUUUGCGGCGCUACGAACGCGUCGUGGUCUCGUCAGAAAAGCUAUGCAAUACAGUUCAAAGAGUUUGGAGACCCCUGCAAGGUCUUGGAGAAGGUCGAAGAUCCCGUCGUGAGCGACAUAGGACCAGAUGAGAUUGCCGUGAAAAUCUUGGCUGCGCCCAUCAACCCUUCGGACAUCAACACAAUCCAGGGAAUCUACGGCAUAAAGCCCAAUCUCCCAGCCAAGGCAGGUCUAGAGGGAGUAGGCGAGGUCACAAAGAUCGGGAAGAAUGUGAAAAACAUGGACGUGGGAAGCUGGGUCUUGCUUCCAGGAGACUCGUGGGGCACGUGGAGAAACUAUGGUGUCGGCGAUCACAAAAGGUUCCGAAAAGUGUCCAAUAAGCUUGACCUUGUGACGGCGGCCACCAUGACGGUGAACACUCCCACGGCGUACCGCAUGCUGUCGGACUUCGUGACGCUGCAGCCUGGAGACACCUUCAUCCAAAACGGGGCCAACAGUGGAGUCGGGCAGGCGGCCAUCCAGAUUGCCAAGAGCAUGGGCCUCAACUCCAUCAACAUUGUCCGUGACCGUCCCAACCUGAUUGAACUGAAAGACAUGCUCAGGGCCCUGGGCGCCGACUACGUCGUGACCGAGGAGGAACUGAGGACUCCAAUCAUGAAGGAGAUCUUCACCGUGGUGCCACCGCCAAAACUAGCCCUGAACUGCAUCGGCGGCAAGAAUGCCACCGACAUGAUGCGGCACCUGGCAAGGGGCGCUACGGUCGUCACGUACGGGGGCAUGUCUCGCCAGCCAGUCACGGUCUCCACCGCGGCACUCAUCUUCCAAGACAUCCGGGUGGUCGGGUUCUGGAGAACCCAGUGGGCCAAGGAGAAUGCUAACACCAAGGCUGACGACAAGAUGUACGAGUACCUGGCUAAGAUCUCCAUGGAGGGAAAGCUCCAGCCACCUGCCCACAACCUUGUGCCCUUCGAUAAUUACGAGGACGCGGUCAGGACAUCCAUGGAGUCGUUUGCCGGAGCGAAGCAGAUUUUGGUGAUGGCCUAACUUUGCUCAAGGUAAGAGCCGACGUGUAUCACAGCGAGUUGGACUCUUCUAUAAAAAAACUGCCUAGAGGGAAGGUGCCUAGAAUGCCUUGGAAGAGGGUCAUUGGAAUUGUAUGUUACAAGGAAAAUACAGAUUUGUUCUGUCAGUCAAA